AUGCAUACCGGGAUUAACGGAGAGGCCAUCGCCCAGGCCCUGCGUGGCCGCACUCUCCAUGUUCCCAGCAUGAGAGGCACAUUCGAGCACUGGCCGCAGACUGUACGAAACAUACACUACCUGGCGCUGGUGGAGUUUGUUAAUGAGCUCAUCAACCGCAUGCUGAGUAUCCCGAGUCGAGUUGCCCAGCACAAGAGCCAAGAUCUUGCAUUGUUCUGUGCCUUAUGGUACCCACACGUUGAUUGGGAAACGUUGAAGACUCUUUCCUACUACACAAUAUGGCUUUUCUUGUGGGACGACACCAUUGACACAGCUGAGUACGAUCUCGCUGAUGAUCUGGAGCAGGCCAAUCGUUACCGCCAAGAAACGAUGGCCUCUUUCAAUCAAUACCUGCGCAGCCCAGCCUCAUUCGCGGAUUGUGCAAUCAACAGUGUGAAUGAGGCCAUCAAGCUCUUUGGCCGCGCUGUAGCCUCUUUCUUUACCGAGGAGAUAACCGAGCGCUUCCUGCAUGAAGUCGACGUCUUCAUCACAUGCUCAGGGCUGGAACAGGAGCACCGGAUUUCAGGCAAGAUUCUGCAGUACGAUGAAUUUAUCAUUGGUGAGCAUCUGCCAGAGCACAUUAUGAACAGCCAGGCCCGCCGUGACGUCUGGAGGGAGGCCAACAUUGCCAUCAUCAUUGUCAAUGACAUUCUCUCUCUGAAGAAGGAGCUUCGCACCAUGUGCCUCAUCAACGCCGUCAGCGCCCUCAUGAAAGAAGGCAUGGACCUCCAGGGUUCCGUAGACGAGCUGAUGGUCCGUCUCGUCGACUCGGUAGCCCGGUUUGAUACGGCGGCCUCGGUUCUCGAACGCGCCACAGAACAGGCGCCGAUGCUCAACAUGACGGUCCAGAGAUAUUGUGAUGCCUGUCGCACCAUGGUUAGUGCUACGUAUGAGUUUAGCCUUGUCUCCGCACGUUACAUGCUGCGGGAGUUUGUGGCGCCAGAUGGCUCAGUGCAUAUUCCUCUCUGA